GCCGCACCAUGGCCCGCGCCUUGCUGCCUGUCUUGCUAUAUAUCCUAACAACUUUACAACUGUCAGAUCAAAAAGAAUAUCACGAAGCUUUGAGAUCAGCUGCCCCACCAAUAUCUAGAAAUGCAGCCGAAAGGCAUCCGGACUACUGGGCGGAGGAAGCCCGGCGCGGGAUCGAGGCGCGCUUGCGGCGCGGCGACGUGGACGGGGCGGCGGACGGCGGGGCGGACGGCGGGGCGGACGGCGGGGCGGCGGGAGUCCGGAACGUGGUGCUGUUCCUGGGGGACGGCAUGUCGGGCGCCACGCUGGCGGCGGCUCGCGCCCUGCUUGGCCAGCGACGCGGUCUCACGGGAGAAGAAACGCAGCUGUCCUUUGAAAAGUUUCCAACAGUUGGAUUGGCAAAGACGUACUGCGUGGACGCUCAAGUGGCCGACUCCGCGUGCGCGGCGACGGCCUACCUGUGCGGCCACAAGGCCAACCUCGGCACCGUCGGCGUCACCUCCCACGUGCGCAGGGCCGACUGUGCGCCGCUCGCCCCCAACGAGACGGUCGACUCCAUCGCCGCGUGGGCUCUAAACGACGGCAGAGAUGCUGGUAUCGUGACGACGACGCGCGUGACGCACGCGUCGCCGGCGGGCGCGUUCGCGCACGCGGCGGAGCGCGACUGGGAGAGCGACGCCGACGUGGCCGCCGCGUGCGCCGCCGGCGGGGCGCGGCCCGCCGACAUCGCCUAUCAGCUUGUACAUUCAUUUCCUGGCAAUCGAUUUAAGGUUAUUUUGGGUGGUGGAAGAAGUGAGUUCUUGCCGAACAACAUGACUGACGAAGAAGGCACAAAAGGAAAACGGUUAGACGGACGCAACCUAAUAGAAGACUGGAUGAACGACAAAGCUGCUCGCAACGUGAUCCACAGAUACGUUUGGAACCGGGAGCAGCUGUUGCGUCUGUCGUUGUCGCCUCCAGAAUACGUGUUGGGGCUGUUCGGGGGAAGCCACAUGCAGUACAACUUGCUGUCAGACCCGACGACGCAGCCGUCGCUCGCGGACAUGACAGAGAUAGCAUUACGCUCUUUAAUCAGAAACAGUAAGGGUUUCUUUUUGUUCGUGGAGGGAGGUCGCAUUGACCAUGGACAUCAUGAGAAUAUGGCGAGUCUUGCGCUAGACGAGACUAUUCAGCUGAGCGAGGCCGUCCAACGAGCCGUGGACUUGCUGCCCCCCGCAGACUCGCUGCUGGUGGUGACGGCGGACCACUCGCACACGAUGUCGUACAGCGGCUACGCGCGGCGAGGCAGCGCCGUGCUGGGCCGCGCGGACGGCGCCGGCGCCGACCGCGUGCCCUACACCACGCUGUCGUACGCCAACGGGCCCGGCGCGAGGCCGGCGGCGGGCGGACAGCGAGUAGAUGUCACGGCUGAUGAUGACUUUGGUGGCGCUCAGUGGCGCUUCCCCGCGCUGGUGCCGCUGGGCAGCGCGGCGCACGGCGGCGAGGACGUGGCGGUGUUCGCGCGCGGCCCGCACCAGCGCCUGCUCUCGGGGCUGUACGAGCAGAGCCAGCUGCCGCAUCUCAUGGCCUUCGCCGGCUGCUUCGGCCCCGGCCCGCGCGCCUGCAACCGCACCCAACCCUGCUCGUAAUGCGAUACCA